AUGUCGCAGAUUGAGAUCAAAGAUGGACCUGAACUCGUCCAGAAGGCCUUGGCGCGUUCAGAUGUUUCGACGACAAACGUGUCGGAGACUUCAACCAUGUCGGAGGAGAUGAUCACCUGUGAAGUCUGCCUUCAGAAGAUCGAUGCCAUAAACAUGAUGGACAAGUAUUGGAACAGUUUCAUUGCUGACAAGAAGGAGGCCAUGUCGCAGAUUGAGAUCAAAGAUGGACCUGAACUCGUCCAGAAGGCCAACCGCGGUGCUCUGCACAACGGGAGGCGUUCAGAUGUUUCGACGACAAACGUGUCGGAGACUUCAACCAUGUCGGAGGAACUUGAAACGAUGGAGGAGGAAACCUCUGUGGUGUCUCCGCUUUUUGAUUUCGGCUCCUUCGUGAGAUUCAUGACAAAUCCGCUUGCAAUGUGCGAGGCCACCGGUGACUUUGUUGGAGCGCUUCCGACGGGGUCAGAAGAUUUCAUUGUAGCAGCCCCGACCAAGAACCAGAGGCUAUCUGGCCAGACAGCACCGCCAUCGCCCGACGACCUUCUCGAGGAUUCGGAUGAUGACAAGGGUUGGCCAAGCAUUGCUGAGCAAAGAACGCAGUCGUUGGAGGAGCCCAUACGUUUGGACGGGCUGUUUCCAGAGUUACGGGGCCACAUCUCAUCCUGUUUGGAUGUGCCGGGGCUGUGUUCUGUGCGAGCCACGGCCCGCGACAACUGCUCAACGAAGGCACGAGCUGCGAUCAACAUAUCGCGAUGCAAAAUUGUGAUGACAGUGACUGGGACCCAUGAAUCGGAACUUUAG